GAAGCGUACCGGCAGUCCGCUCAGAACACCUCCUGCUACCAGAUACACCCUGCCCUGAGGUGGCGGGAGGAAAGUUGAAAGAACGCCUACCAUGGUACUGUUAUCGGACCUCAGGGCGUUGAGUGCAAGCCACGUCCUGUUAGUGUCAUUGUUACUGCUUGUAUUUCAAUCCGAUAAUGGUGUCUUUGGUGCGACUUGUGAGGCAAACUUAGCAUGCUGCCGACACCGCCCAUGGACUCCCGAGUUCCGUAAGUGUUGCAGUGACGGCUGCUGCCCGGACUGCUAUAGGGUCAGAUAUGUGCCAGCUAUUAAAUCCUACGCAAUGAAGGAGGAUUGCAAGGGUGCCUUUGAGUGCUGUGUGUUUCCUGUCUUCUCGGACAAGUGGGAGGAUUGCUGCGCUAAGCAUUUGUGCUGUCCAAUGUGCCACAUGGUGUCUAAAGGCUGUUGUUACAACGGUCGAAUGCACAAGUGGGGAAGCGUAGUGGACACUUUCUCCAACCCGGACAUUCGCCUGACGUGUGGUGCCAGGAUAGUCAACACAACGCCUUACUUGGUGGCCACAAUUGUACCCGUGAUAUCGCCUCCACCCGCCGAGAUCAACUGUAACGACUGCAGUGAGAGCGGGCACUGCAUAGACAAAAAUGGCAUAGUCCGUGAGAAUGGCGAGGAGUGGUUCGAAAACCCGUGCUCGCUGUGCCAGUGUGAGAAUGGAUUUAUCGAAUGCAGGCUAGUGAGGUCCCGGUGCCCUCAUCCUCCUUACCCACAAUGCGUCCAUAUCCCUCCCUCGCAUGGUGAAUGCUGUAACAAAUGGGACUGUUCUAGAUUGUUGAGCAUGUGCGUUGAUGCGUAUGGCGAUGUGCGGCGAGAAGGAGAGCAGUGGACGGGGCGCGAUGACCCUUGUCUGAUGUACAUGUGCAAAGCAGGAGGCAUGAUUUUGAACGCACGGCGAUACUGCCCACCACGGUCUCGCGUCAAGGUGCCUCCUGGCUGUGAACUGCAGACUCGCCCUGGUGAAUGCUGCUUUGUGCUGCAUUGCCCAGAGUGUGAGGACAAGGACGGCACAACCUACUCAGCAGGUGAUAGCUGGGAGGACCCGGACGAUUCAUGUUACACCUUCCACUGCCAGGCUGGAGGUGCCGUACAGCGGAAGAGGAAAUACUGUCCUGAAAUUCGACGUCCAUUUAGAAACGACUGUGUGCUGCAACACGAGAACUGCUGCCCGACCUGGAUCUGUGGGGGGUGUGUAGAUCAGUACGGAAUGACUCACGCCGCGGGUACGAGCUGGACUGAUAGAGACGAUCCCUGCAUCACCUACACUUGCAGCGACGAAGGAAAGAGACUUGCCUCCAAGGUUGACUGUCCGCUACUUGGCGCGCAGCCUACACGAGAUUGCGUCAAGAUGCAGAAAGACUGCUGCUAUGAAUGGAAGUGCCCAGGUGAUGUAACGUACUGCAUUGAUGAACAGGGAGGCAGACGCGAGGUAGGAGACGACUGGACAGACGCGGGAAAUCCGUGCAUCCUCUGGCACUGCCCGGAAGACCUGAUCUCCGUGAGGGUCAUCGUGGACUGCGCCAUGCUGCCGCCGCCUCCCAGUCCAAGUUGUGUCUUGCAAAUGGAUGGGUGUUGUCCUAAAUGGGAUUGCCCUUGUGUGGAUGAUAACGGAAUAGAGAAGGUUGUUGGGGACAUCUGGGAUCACCCGAGGAACAAGUGCAUGAUAGUGGAGUGUACUAGUGAUGGAGCUCGCGACAAGGUGAAGCCCUGCCCCCCAAUCCCUUACGGCAGCCCAGGCUACUACUGUGUGAUGGAGUUUGAUGGCUGCUGUCACGCGUGGAACUGUCAAACUAAACCACCUACAGGAGUGUGUCCAGAUCCCUACAGCUUCAAUAGAAAUUGCUUCCGGUACUUCGACCAGUGUUUGUCAGAUAGACAGUGUUACUACAACACGAAGUGCUGUCUAGUGGCAGGGUGUGGACGAGAGUGUAUGGAGGUGUCCAAGCCAGGACAAUGUCCAGUGAUAAACUACAUAGUCGCCCCGCAGUGCACUCCAGCCAUGGUGGAUGUGUGUCAGUGGGACCACGAGUGUCCAGGGCGCCAGAAGUGUUGCUUCCUGCACUGUAUCAAACGCUGUGUCGACCCCCUCUAAAGGAAAGCCCAAGAGGACGACAACAUGAGGAAAUGCUUUAAAAUCUUCUGUAAAUAAAUUCUUAGUUUUACGUUUGCUUGAAAAUUCUAAUUAUUCGUUUUAAGUUUGCUCGAAAAUUCUAAUGUAAAUUAUUCGUUUACUCUUAUGAAUAAAAUAUUCAACAAGAAUAAAA